GGCGCAAGCGCAGACGUAUCCAAGAUGGCGGCAACGGCGGCUGCAAGAGUUGUGUCCGUGGGCCCUGGUCUCCGGGGCCUGCAGCGGACACUACCUCUCGUAGUGAUUCUCGGGGCCACGGGCACCGGCAAAUCCACCCUGGCGUUACAGCUCGGCCAGCGGCUCGGUGGCGAGAUCGUCAGCGCUGACUCUAUGCAGGUUUAUGAAGGUCUCGACAUUAUCACCAAUAAGGUUUCUGCCCAAGAGCAGAGGCUGUGCCAGCACCACAUGAUCAGCUUUGUGGAUCCUCUCGUGACGAAUUACACAGUGGUAGACUUCAGGAACAAAGCAACUGCUCUGAUUGAAGAUAUAUUUGCCCGAGAUAAAAUUCCUAUUGUCGUGGGAGGAACCAAUUAUUAUAUCGAAUCUCUGCUCUGGAAAGUUCUCGUCAAUGCUAAGCCCCAGGAGAUGGGCCCUGAGAAAGUGAUCGACCGAAAAGUUGAGCUUGAAAGGGAGGACGGCCAUGUUCUCCACAAACGCCUGAGCCAGGUUGACCCGGAAAUGGCUGCCAAGCUGCACCCACAUGACAAGCGCAAAGUGGCCAGGAGCCUGCAAGUGUUUGAGGAAACGGGAAUCUCUCAUAGUGAAUUUCUUCAUCGUCAACAUGCAGAGGAAGGCGGUGGUCCCCUUGGAGGCCCUCUGAAGUUCCCUAACCCCUGCAUCAUCUGGCUUCAUGCGGAACAGACAGUUCUAGAUGAGCGCUUGGAUAAAAGGGUGGAUAACAUGCUUGCUGCUGGGCUCUUGGAUGAACUAAGAGAUUUUCACAAACGCUAUAAUGAGAAGAAAGUUGCAGAAAAUAGCCAGGACUAUCAACAUGGUAUCUUCCAAUCAAUUGGCUUCAAGGAAUUUCACGAGUACCUGAUCACUGAAGGAAAAUGCACACCAGAGAUGAGAAACCAGCUCCUAAAGAAAGGUAUUGAGGCUCUGAAACAAGUGACUAAGAGAUACGCCCGGAAACAAAACCGAUGGGUUAAAAACCGUUUUUUGAGCAGACCUGGUACCGGUGUCCCCCCAGUAUAUGGCUUAGAAGUAUCUGAUGUCUCGAAGUGGGAGGAGUCUGUUCUUGAACCUGCACUUGAAAUUGUGCGAAGUUUCAUCCAGGGCCACAAGCCUGCAGCCACUCCAGUAAAGAUGCCAAGCAAUGAAACUGAGAACAAGAGAAGUUAUCAUAUGUGUGAGCUCUGUGAUCGAAUCAUCAUUGGGGACCGUGAAUGGGCAGCACAUAUGAAAUCCAAAUCCCACUUGCACCAACUGAAGAAAAGAAGAAAGUUGGACUCCGAUGCCGUCACCAGCGUAGAAAGUCAGAGUGUUUCCCCAGACCAUGACAAAGAGCUUAAAGAAAAGGGAUCCCUUGGGCAGAAUGAUAAAGAGCUGAAAGUCAGCAUGUAAGGGACUUGUCCAGUGACCUUUGCAAAAGUGGCAAGAGUCCAGUUCUUCCAUUCAGUGCUGUGGUUUUAAAGUCUCAUGUUCUCUGCCGUGGAGACAGUAGGUCCUGUUAGCUCCUUGUGUGGCUGAUGUGUCUGGUAAUGAUGAGUUCAGGAAAGGAGUUUUUCUUUUUUUUUUUUCUUUUAAUCUUAAAGGUUCUAUUUUUAAAAGAGGCACAGAUUGCACUUUUUUAUAUAUGAUCUUCUUGGUGAUAACUACUGGGAUUCACUGUAUCCCUUUUAAAAAAGUUUUAUGUCCUUGACUCUGGCUGGAAAUACCUAAUUUCCAGACACUUUUAUAGCUGACUGAAUUAUUGUGAACCACAGGUCCGGAGUUCUGGAUGGGAGUGAAUGGCAGGAAAGGAUCAGCCCCAGUGAGAUAACUAAGUGAACCAAACCAGUUUCAGGAAUUCCAUAAAGAAGCAGAGAAUCAGACUGAGGUGGUUGGGACUUAAAGUCUGAAGACUUUGACAUUUGUUGAGCUCUUCCUGUGUGAUAAUCACUGGUAUAUUCCUGUUUAGUUAGGAAUCUAUUUUUAUUCAAAGUUAAAUAAAGAAAAAGUUUUUAGGCGCCUCGCUAGUGCUUAAAAAGAUAUAUAUGUGAUGUCUAACAUAUAUAGUGUGCUUUGUUUUCAACAUGAGAGCUUUUUCUCAAAGUCAGUGUUCUUAAUAUGCUAUUUGUUUAUUUAGCAGAUGCUUAUUGAGCAGUUCAUUAUAUUCCUGGAAAACAUCUGGAAAGGGUCUUUUUGUUUGUUUGGCAUGCGGGAUCCUAGUUCCCCAAACGGGAAUCAGUCUUGUGCCCCCUGCAGUGAAAGUGUUGAGUCUUAAUCACUGAACUGCCAGGGAAGUCCCAGGGGGACUUUUUUUUAAUUGGAGAUUUGUUAUUUCUAGUUGAAACUCUCUUACUGGAGUGAACUAAGCUACCAGCCAUAUAUGAAUGUAACAUAAAGUUAAGCAUUUUUAAGUUCACAGUCCAGCAGCAUUUAUAUUAUGCAACCAGAACUUUUUCAUCAUCCCAAACAAACUGGGUACCUGUUAAGCAAUAACUACCCACUUAAACAGUAUUUUAUUUGUUCAGAAUCUAGAAUUCACCUGCAAUUCGGGAGACCUGGAUUCGAUCCCUGGGUUGGGAAGACCCCUGGAGGAGGGCAUGGCAACCUACUCCAGUGUUCUUGGCUGGAGAAUCCCCAUGGACAGAGGAGCCUGUCGGGCUACAGUCCACAGGGUCACAAAGAGUCGGACAUGACGGAGCGACUUAGCACGCACACACACACUGUAUGAGAGGCCCUGAGUAGGCUAGAGGGAUACGGAGACAAAAUGAAAUGUGAUUCUUGCUUUCAUAGAGCUUGAAAUAUUGUUAUCUAUACACAAACAACAAAUUUAGGUAAGAGAAUGUCAAAAACCAUAAAGGCUGUAUAGAAUUUCACUUGGAGGGAAGAGAGAAGAGGGAUCAUGGAAAAAGGAGUAUUUCUACCAGACCUUAAAAAGCAGUUCUUGGAGAAUGUAUUGUGAGCUAUGCAGAAAUUUUAUUUUUUAGAUUUUUUAUAUAGUUCAAAAAUCAAAAUGAUAUAAAAAGAGAUACUCAUUGAAAAAUCUCGCUCCUACCUCCAUCCCCUUCUCCUCUUAUAAUCACUUAAUCAUUUUUUUAUGUAUAUCUCAUGAGUUUUUUAAAGUAAUUAAGAAUAAAUGCAAAUGUAUAUUCUUGUUUCUUCCCCUUACUCAAAAGAUAACAAGUAGUGCACACUGUCUUCAUUUGCUUCCUUACUUGUUGGCAGUAUCUGAGUGUGUGCGUGGGUUUCUCCUGCCUCCUCAGGCAGGUCUCCUGUUUGUUUUCUUUACCACCCUCCUGAAGGUCACCCAGUUGACCCCAGGCCUUAAGUAAGGGUUCACUAACGUUUGCUGAACUUCAUUCAGAUGCCAGGGUUAGGCCAAAAUUAGCCUCUGAGGAAUUCUCAGGCUGUGGCCAGCUUUUUCAUUCAACCAGCACAUAUUUUAGAACUUACUCUGAGCAAGGUGCUGUGCUAGCCUCUGGGAGUUCAGUGAUUACAAAAGCCCACAUUGGUCAAAUAGUUACAGAAUUACAGCUGUGAUAAGGGCUGUAAAGAAAGGACCCUCGCUGUGAGUACAGGUAAUCCGCAGCCCUGCGCCUCCUUUCGUGUGUGUGUGUGUGUGUGUGUGUGCGCGUGCGUGCAUGCGUAGGUGUGUACUGAGGUACAUGAUGUGGCACAACACGAGUCUGGAGCAAAGACUGCACAUAGUGGCAUGUGAUCUGGAAAGUCGGAUUUCACAACUUCAGUGCCUUCUUCCCCCGACCCCUCACCUCCAGUCUGUGGGAUGCCCUGGAUUCCUUGAGUUUUAUUGAUCCUUACUCACAUUACCUGAUUUGAAUCUCAAGAGUAAAUGUAUUUUUUGGUCAAAGAAGAAAUUGUCAUUGAAUCCACAUCAUCUUAUUCUCUGUAUUAAAUGUGGUAUAAUUUUCCCAAUCAGUGUAUUAACUACUUCAGGAGCUGAUGAGGUGGGAGGUAGCAUCUUCCCUCUGGAAGUGGAGAGGAAUCCUUACUGUGAGCCAGGCAGCACCAUGCAGUGUGUAUACAUUAGCCUCUCAUACAACCCUGGGGGAGAGAGACUGUUUUUGUAUAUGUUCCCCAGUGGGGAAACGGGCGCAGCAAAGGUACCUAAGCCAGGAUGUGGCAAAGCUGGAAUUGAAGCGAGGCCACAGAAUUCAGGAUUCAAGCUGCUGAGCCCUGUGUUAAGCUGGCAGAUUUUAAAGAGGAACCUUAGUUUCUGAAAUGCUCUUUAUUCAAGUUGCUAAGUAUGUUUUAAACCUUAAAAAAACUUAAAUGGAGAGGCAGGAAAAACUAGUUUUAGUAAUCCUUCCUUAAAAAGCCUUUAAUCCAUUCAUUUGAAAUACCUGGAACUGCAACUUCUCCUUGAACUAACCGUCCCUAUCUCUGACAGCUGGCAAUCAGGGAUUUCUUGAAAGAGAAAAAUCCAAGCACCAAGUAUUUGUGAAACACUUCAGUCUAAAGCACUGUGGUUGUGCCCACUAGCCCUAUUCUUGUUAUUUGGUCAUUUCAGUUGUUUCCGACUCUAUGUGACCCCAUCGUCUGUAGCCCACCAGGCUCCUCUAUCCAUGGGAUUCUCCAGGCAAGAAUACUGGAGUGGGUUGCCAUUUCCUCCUCCAAGGGAUCUUCCCAACCCAGGGAUUGAACCUGCAUCUCUUGCGUUAGCAGGCAGAUUCUUUGCUGGGUUCUUAGAAACUGUCAAUUCAGUAAGAUAAAAUUCCUGCACCUGCAGCAGAGGGCCUGGGGAAGGCAGAAUCCUCACUAGCAAUCUCUCCUCUCUAGGAAUCUACUUGGUGGUCCUGAUCUGAGGCACUGCUUUGAGGUUGAUUCCCCCUUUCUGCCUGCUGCCCCAUGAAUGACUUUGCUGUUGUGUGUAGGGAAGGAAGCAGUUCUGCCUAGUGAUUGUCAUAAAUGUAGAGGUGAGCAGGUCCUUAGCACCUUCUUGUACAGGUGGGGAAACUGAGGCCCCAAACAUAGAUGUUUCAUAGUUACAGGUGGUGACAAAGCCAGCACAAAGCUCAGGUCUCCUCUGUCACUCAGCUGCCCAGUCUCAUACCAGAUCUCAUUUGAGAGCAGGGAAGGACCACCUUUGGGCAUUUUGUUCAGCCUAGAGAGGAGGGGAAGUGCCCCAGUUAAUCCCUAGACAAGCAGAGCCUGAGUGUCGGUGCAGGUACCUAGAGUCUCCAGUCCGUGGCAGUGCUGUCUAAAUGACUUUGGCAAUUCCCACUCUCAGCAAGCUACUCAGGGCCAUCUACCUCUGUUAGUAAAAACCUUCCCCUCAGUUUAUUUUUUUUAAUUUUUAGAGGAUAAUUAUUUCACAAUAUUGUGGCGGUCUCUGCCAUACAUCAACAUGAAUAGGCCUCCCCUCAGUUUCAAGAGAGAAUUGACAGAUAAAGUAGAAAUCUUGAGACUUUAGACACUUCUUAUAGUUCAGACAGUGCUGUUUUAAGUAGGCAGAAACUAUUUUGACUCUGGAAAGAGGUGGAUUCUUAGUCUUGAAACUAUUUUGAGUUUAGCAAGAGAACAUUUCAUCUAUAGCCUAGGUUUGUGGUUUGAACCUUUGUAUUGACAAUUCUCAGUAAUUAUUUAUAUUCUUAGCCUCAGUUCCACAUUAUACAAAGAUAUUUUGCUUAAAACACUUAGCACGACACUUAAAAAAAAAAAAAAAAACUAGAAAGAAGGCUUUUACAAAUUCAGCAACCUGUCUGUAUAUCCCCAGCAUCUAGAAAGUUCAGUAUUUGUUGAAUUAAUUGUGUGAAAACCUCGAAGUUAGUGGAUUUCUACAUAAGUAAUCUGUUUUUUAAUUGUUAAAUAGCCUUUAAGUGGGAUGAAAAAAUCUUGGGAUAGUAGCCACAGAAAGAAAUUUCAUUAUUUGAUUAUCACCUACUUGGGUGGUUAGGGCUGUUUUCUGAAAAGCUGGCUAACAGGUCAUUUGUAAAGCUGUUUUGAAUACAUACAAAGGCCUCUGCAUGGUUGUAUUAGUUAGGGUAAAAGGCUAAGCUGCUGUGACAAAGAGACUCAACAAUACAGUGGCUUAAAGAACAAAGAAGUUUGUUUCCUUCUCACGUAACAACUCUGAGGGGAGUUAACAUUUCCGAAGUGAGCGGUGCAGGUCAGUGGGGCAGCUCCGCUGUGAGCGGUCAUUCAGGGACACAGAUUCCAUCUAUAUCACGUUGCCUCUCCACCAUCUGGGGGGCAUUGUCAGCACUGCCUGGUUAAAGUUGGGUCUUCUCUGGUUCCAGUCAGUGGGAAGGGGACAGAGUGUGGAGGAAGGCUGGGACCCUGCAACGGGACACAUAAUUUUGCUCACUUUGCCUUGGCAAGAACUUAGUCAUGUGGCCAUAUCUACCUGCAAAGAAGGCUGAGAAAUGAGUCAAGCCAUGUUCCAAGAAAGAAUGGGAGAACAGAUUUUGCUGGGCAACUUGCAGUCUUCACUGAAUUAGUCUCGUGGAAAGAGCACUGGUUUAUCUAAUUAGCUUUGAUAGCUUGCUAGGGGCACAUCUCUUAUUUCCCCAUCUGUGAAACCAGCGAGUGAUAGGAGCUGGCCUCUGAAACAUUUCAAAAAGUAAAACUUGAGAAAUUCUUGGCUGCUGAGAUUUUAAGAUGAGUAUUAAAGUGUUACAGUGAACAUGAGACUGAGUCAGCCUUAGGGCCAAUGGCUAAUGCCCUAAAGGUGGUGGAAAGGGAAAGUCAAGAAGGUAUUUCGAUGGCAUUGCAGGAUACCUGAGUUAAGGGCUGUGACCGUCUACUUCCAGACUUUCUGAUGUGGAAAAAAAGAAACUGCUAUUUGUACCUGCAGCUGAAGGCCCGCCUGUCUAAUAUGCUGUUGGUGUGACCCAGAGAAGGUUUUGCUCAAGUAGCCUGAGUUCCCUUGUUUAUCAAAUCGUGUUAUUACCCCCAUUCCUGGGGACAUUGUAAGGAUUAAAUGAAGUCCUUUUGAAAGCAGCAUAGUGUUUGGUGCUGCGAUGCCCAGUAAGUGGUAGGCAUAAAUUGGAUUUAUUUGCUUCGUUGGGGAAGAAAUAGUUAAUACUACUUAAGUGGUGAUUUAUGGUAUGUUGUCAGUUUCCAGAAGUUAUCAGGGCAAGAUUAUGUUUAAAACUGACUGGCUUGAUGUUCCCUUGUGCUAAUGGACAGGAACGGUGCCUCAGGCUUUAUCUGUCACCCAACUAGUUGUUAGUCGUUAUUGUUAUUGUUUUUAAUGCAUAUGAUUUCUUCUUGGGUCAGCUUGUUUGCAUGAGCAGUCUCAUUCACCUGAAAUGCCCUUUCCCCUGCUCUUCACUUUGUAAACUUCUGCACAUACUUCCAGGCCCAGAUGUGAUGCCCUCUUCUUAGACAAAGCUUCCUUGGCUCCUCAAGGGAGGCUUAGUUUUUCCUUCCUUCAUGUUCCCAUAGCAGUUUAUACAUAAUAUCAGCAUGUAUUUUUAUGUGGUGCUACACACCAGGCAUGUUCUAAGUAGUUUGCACAUAAUAACUCAUUGAGUCCUUACAACAGCCCUAUGAGGUGGUAUCAUCAUUGUUGUUAUUAGCUCUGUUUUUCAGUUGAGGAAACCAAAUAGAAAAGUAAUUUUCUGGAGGCCAAACUGGGAUGUGAAACCAGGUGGGUGGCUCCAAAGUCUUGUGUUCUUACCCACCAUGUUCUUUUUUUUUUUUUUUUUUUUAAUAUUUGUUUACUUAUUUAUGGCUCUGCUGUGUCUUAGUUGUAGCAUAUGGGAUCUAGUUCCCUGACCAGGGAUUGAACCCGGGUCCCUUGCAUUGGGAGCACGAAGUCUUAGCCACUGGGCCACCAGGGAAGUCCCUCCACCAUGUUCUUUUACCUCCUCUUUAUGUGCUACCGCACAUGUCCCCUGUAACUGUUGCUCUCAUUGGAGAUUAAGUCCUGCCAUGGUGUGAGUCCUAUCUUAAGGCGAAUGUGAGACACACAGUGGGCCAGUGGGUACCCAAUAGAUAUUAAGGCAGGUUUAGACAAGACACAACUGCAUGUCUAAAUGUAAAGAUGGCUACUCUUUUUUUUUAAUUGCACUGGGUCUUCGUUGCUGCAUGAAGAGUCUACUCUUUAGUUGCAGUGCAAGAGCUUCUCAUUGUGGUGACUUGUCUUGUUGAGCAUGGGCUCUAGGGUGCAGAAACUCAGUAAUUAACAGCUCGUGGGCUUAGUUGUCCCUUGGUAUCUUAGUUCCUAGACCAGGGAUCAGACCUGUGUACCCUGCAUUGCAAGGCAGAUUCUUAUUCACUGGACUACCAGGGAAGUCCCUAAACAUGGCUCCUCUUCAUUAAGUGCUUCGCCGUGUGCCAGGUUUUUUGUGUGAAGUACAUGUAUACUUUGGAGCUUCCCAGUUGGCUCAGCAGGUAAAGAAUCCGCUUGCAAUACAGAAGUCACAGGAGACACAGGUUUGAUCCUUGGGUCGGGAAGAUACCCUGGAGGAGGGCAUGACAACCUACACAAUAUUUUUGCCGGAGGAUCUCAUGGAUGAAGGAGCCCCACAGGCUACAGUCCACGGGGUCUCAAAGAGUUGGACAUGACUGAAGCGACUAAGCACUCAUGCAGGUGCAUACCUCAUAAUGAUUUCUUUAAGCAAAUGAACAGGGUAAUGUAAUCAGUUCAGUUCAGUCGCUCAGUUGUGUCCGACUCUUUGUGACCCCGUGAACCGUAGCACGCCAGGCCUCCGUGUCCAUCACCAACUCCCAGAGUCCACCCAAAUCCCCAUUUUAUAACCAGGGAUACAUGUACAGAGAGCUUCAUGAUGGCCAGCAGAGUAGACAUGCAAAUACUUGCUGAGGACGAGAGAGAAAGUUCUGUGAGGAUGGUGACUUUUGUCCACUGUUAACUGCUUCAUCCCUGGCACCUACAAGGGGCCUGCUGCUUGAAAGGCACUCAGUAAACGUUUCUUGAGCUGGGAUAUGAAAUCACUUUGGGCUGACUUAAAACCUAUGCUCUAACCAUUAUGUUGUACUUCUUCAAAGGCAUUCCUUUAGGGCUUUAUAAAUGUCCAAAUUAUUUAUAUCCCAUCUAUAUGUAAGAAGGAAGGUGAUGGAGGUGAUGGAAUCCCAGUUGAGCUAUUUCAAAUCCUAAAAGAUGAUGCUGUGAAGGUGCUGCACUUAAUAGGCCAGUAAAUUUGGAAAACUCAGCAGUGGUCACAGGACUAAAAGAGGUCGUUUUCAUUCCAAUCUCAAAGAAAGGCAAUGCCGAAAAAUGUUCAUACUACCACACAAUUGCACUCUUCUCACAGGCUGGCAAAGUAAUACUCAAAAUUCUCCUUGUAAGGCUUCAACAGUAGGUGAACCCAGAACUUCCAGAUGUUCAAGCUGGAUUUAGAAAAAGCAGAAGAACCAGAGAUCAAAUUGCCAAUAUCUGCUGAAUCAGAAAAAGUGAGAGAGUUCCAGAAAAACAUCUGCUUCAUUGACUACACUAAAUCCUUUGACUCUGUGGAUCACAACAAACUGUGGAAGAUUCUUUAAAGAGAUGGGAAUACCAGACCACCUCACCUGCCUCCUGAGAAAUCUGUAUGCACAACAGGAAGCAACAGUUAGAACUGGACAUGGAACAACAGCCUGGUUCUAAAUUGGGAAAGAAGUACGUCAAGGCUGUAUAUUGUCACCCUGCUUAUUUAACUUACAUGCAGAGUAUAUCAUGUGAAAUGCUGGGCUAGAUGAAGCACAAGUUGGAAUCAAGAUGCCGGGAGAAAUAUCAACUUCAGAUAUGCAGAUGACACCACCCUUAUGGCAGAAAGCGAAGAGGAACUGAAGAACCUCUUGAUGAAAGUGAAAGAGGAGAGUGAAAAAGCUGGCUUAAAACUCAACAUUCAAAAUACGAAGAUCAUGGCAUCCAGUGCCAUCACUUCAUGGCAAAUAGAUGGGGAAACAGUGAGAGACUUUAUUAUCUUGGGCUCCAAAAUCACUGCAGAUGGUGACUGCAGCCAUGAAAUUAAAAGAUGCUUGCUUCUUGGAAGAAAAGCUAUGACCAACCUAGACAGCAUAUUAAAAAGCAGAGACAUUACUUUGCAGACAAAGGUCUGUCUAAAACUAUGGUUUUACCAGUAGUCACGCGUGGAUGUGAGAGUUGGACUAUAAAGAAAGCUGAGUGCUGAAGAAUUAAUGCUUUUGAACUAUGGUGUUGGAGGAGACUCUUGAGAGUUCCUUGGACUGCACAGAGAUCAAACUAGUCAAUCCUAAAGGAAAUCAGUCCUGAAUAUUCACUGAAGUACUGAUGCUGAAGCUGAAGUUCCAAUACUUUGUCCAGGUGAUGCGAAGAUGUGACUCAUUGGAAAAAACCUUGAAAGACUGAAGAUAGAGAAAGAUUGAAGGCUGGAGGAGAAGGGGACGACAGAGGAUGAGUUGGUUGGAUGGCAUCACUGACUGCAUGGACAUUAAGUUUGAGCAAGCUCCAGGAGUUGGUGAUGGACAGGGAAGUAACAGUUACAAAAGAAACAGGCCAGACUCAAACCACCUUUAGCAAGAAAGUGAUUUUUAUGAUAGAGUUACUGAGGUGUUUUAUCAGAUUCAAGCACAGAGAAGCAUCAAGGCCCCAGGUACCACCAGUGCCGGUGCCGUGGAGUUCCCCUUGCUUCAGUCACUGCAAACAGGCUUUCUCUGUGGUGCGAGGCAGGACUGCCGUCGCAGCUAAGCUUUCCAUCUUGCAGCUUUUACAUCUGAUAGACUCUGCUGAUGCUUUCUCUGGUUCUAAGUUCAAAAGUGCUGAAACAUCUACACUCAUCAGGAUGGAUUCUAUUAAAAAAGGAAAUUCUAAGUGUUGAGGAGGAUGUAGAAAGAUUGAAACCCUUGUGCACUGUUUGUGGGAAUGUCAGAUGGUACAGUUGCUAUAGAUAACAGUUUGGUGUUCCUAAAAAUUUAAAAAGAGAAUUGCCAUCUGAUCCAGUAAUUUCAUUUCUGGGUAUAUACCCAAAAGAACUGAAAGGAGGGUCUUGAGGUUUUUAUACACUCGCACUCAUAGCAUUAUUCACAGUAGCCAAAAGGUUGAAAUAGCCCCCACAUGUUCAUCGAUAGAUGAACAGAUAACCAAAAUGUGGUAUAUACAUACAAUGGAAUAUUAUUCAGCCUUAAGGAAGGGAAUUCUGACACAUGCUGCAGUCUGGAUGAACCUUAAGGAUAUUAUGGUAAAUGAAAUAAACCAGUCAAAA